CUGUCACUCCUGUCAUAGUUUUCCACGAGACACAGUACGAGACUUUGAGGACACAUUGCCACUGUGAAGAUGUUGACUCUUUUAGUUUUUGCUUUUACAGUUCAUUAUUUUACACUGGCAACUGUUGUUCAAGAUUUUAAUCAUGUUGAGAGAUGUAAGGACUCCCUGUAUAUGGGGACUCCACCACGAGGGAUCAUCGGAACCAGACUGAAGAAGAUAUGCCAGCGAUACGCAGACAAACCUCGAUAUGUCACCCUGUACGAUCCUCAAAAACGGAUCCCAGUUUACUCAGCUUACACUUUCAAGAAAACGGAGGGAGACAGGCGUGUGGACUACCCUUGGAUGUAUGAACCACAGCUGGCAGAGCUUGAUGGAAAUGGAAACAUGUUGCCCUUCCCCACUGGCUACCUCCAUAUGAAGUUUGAGGACAGCCAGGCAGUGUUAGAUGACUACUCUGACGUGGUUCUUUAUGAAAGAGGUCACCUGAACCCAGACCAGCACCAGUCCACGCCACAUGACCGGGCUGCCACUUACACCCUGACUAACGUGGUCCCGGAGAUACGCGAGUUCAACAUCGGGCCUUGGCGCGAGUACGAGGAGCGAAUCCGGGUGCGCCUCAACAACUUCUGCCGUGGCACGGCCUACAUAGUCACUGGAGUGACCACUAGGGGUAACAUGAUCCGUCGCAACAACCAGGACCGCGUGGCAAUUCCUGAGGAUGUGUGGUCCGCUUAUUGCUGCACUGACUAUGACCGUAACGCGCCCCAUGACGUGCGCAUCCGCUUCCCAUCCCACGCUGCCUUAGCCAAGAACGCCAAAGAGGGCAACAGCGUUCACGAGAUGCCAGUGCAAGAGCUCGAAAUCUUUUUGAAAAAUAACUUAGAUGUUGAUCAGAACCUCCAGAUCUUUUAUGACAACUGCAUUUCUCCCUCACCUCUUCCUCUUUACCUACAACACACUAUCUGAGAGCUCUUUUGUUUUUGGUUGGCAGGGGGCAUAUUUAGGCUGUUUUGCUAAACCCGAUUAAAAAAUAUAUGAAGCAUUUUUUUCAUAGUUCUCUACUUAGUAAAAAAAAAUAUGAUAAUGCUAAAAGAAUUGUUUUUGCCUUUUGAUGUAACAAAUGCAUGUUUCUCCAAGUAUUGACGCAAUUUGCAGGGCACCAACUUUGUUGAGCGAGGGAUUGUAAUAAUGUUGUUUGGAGGCCAGAAGAGUUAAACUUACUUAAUAAAAUAUCCAAAUUUA